ACUAGCUCCUCUUCCACAAUCAUGCGUCUGUCCCUGUCCAUGGCACGAAGCCACUCGAACGGUUACCCUUUACGAUGAAGGUCCUGUUUGUCGAAUGCGACGGCGAGGGGCGGCCCCGGAAGACAGCCUCUGACGAAGGAGUGACUCGCACCCAACAUGCUGCACGCGAAUAUCACAAAAAGGCCAAACUGCGCAGAGCCAAGGACAAAAGCCAAGUCGCGCAUCAGGGUCGCAGGUCGAAAAAGUCCAGCUCGACGACGACUGUGACAGAUGACUCAGCUGCCCUGGAGCUGAACGCCACGCGAGAAUCGCCUGUCAAGAUCCUCCUGGGAGCCAGUCGAUCCGACCCAUUCCACACGAUCGGCGAGGAUGGAGGCGUUCCGCUCUACGUGCAUGAGAUGCUGGAUCAUGCCAUAACAUGCCACUGGUCGGAAUUGUGUCUGAGCGACGGUGGAGGACACAACGCCUCCCGAGCCGAAAUCAUGCAGUCCGUCAUCCACUGUCCAGUGGCUUGGUACACAAUCGUCUUUGCCGGCGCGACUCAUAAUGCAUACCAGUAUGGCGCCCGCGGGACAACCAAGCAGAAUGAGCAGCUCAGGCUUGCGUAUAAGACCAAAGCCAUCAGGUCGCUCCUGGAGUACCUCCAAGAUCACGGCGACAACGUGUCCGAGGAAACCCUCCUAGGCAUAACCACCUUGGCCUCUCACGGGACCGGCGAGAACCUGAGGGGCCAUGAGUCGUACAAGCGGCAGACCCUGCCCUUCCUGUCCCAUCUACAUGACGUUGACUACUACGCUAACAUGGACACCGGCAUGGAACAUCUGAGAGCUGUGUAUGCCAUCGUGGACCGCCGGGGAGGGCUUGGCAAGUUACGCCGGAGGAGUUUGGCCAUUGUAAUUCAAGUGUGCGACAUUCUAACAUCCUGGAGGGACUUGCAGCAUCCUCACUUCAAUCUCGUGCUGCCGACAACGUUCCACAUCAACAAGAGGAGCCAUCAACAGGAUGCUGCUGCACAAGGCGUGCUUGAAACUCUGACGACGGGCUUUCACGAGUUGAUCAGCGAUGGCUACACCAGUCUUGACCACCUCGUGGAGAUCGCCGACCGCGUGAGCAUCUUCUCGGCGGAUUUUGACCAGUUGCUCAGGACCUAUGAUCUCCCGAAAGAGCAACAACCUCUACAUACUCCCAACAUGGCACUUGUCAGAUAUAUGCGGUGGUGCGUGCUCCAUGAUAUCCUGUCGCUACCCGAGCACGGCACCGACGCCGACACCGACGAGGAUGACGAUGACGACGAAUCGCUGCCCGAGAAUGUUGUGUACGAGAUCUGCCGGCACAUUCUGUUCGCAUAUGCGGUGUUCGUCGUGGUGCCCAUGCCACCGGCGACCAAGCUGCAGGCAAAGAUCGCGGAACGGCUUGGACGCCUCCUGAUCAAGGCGGUAAAGGUCGGGAUUCCCAGCCAGCAGCCCGACCUGUUCCUCUGCGCAGUCGCGUGGGGCUGGAUGUGCACGGAACAGGCGGUCGGGUAUCGCAAGCUCGAGAAGCUCCUGGGAAGCUUCGCCACGUUGCUGGAGUUCGCCACGGUCCAGAGAAAGCCCGAUUCGUGGCCAAUAGUAGAGGAGACCAUGAGGUCCUUCUUAUGGUUCGAGACGUAUUGUGAGGAACCAGGGAGGAAGUUCUGGGUGGCCGCGUGUGAGCUGGCGGAGGAGGACAUCGGGGCCGAGGAGUUCCCUUGAGAUAUCACGGCAAAACCAGGCAGCGGUGCUUGCAAUUGGCCUGGUGAACUUGGCCAGGUUAGGAUGAUACGUAUUUAUGGAGCCAUGCCAAAGGAGAGAUAUCGUACCGUGAAGACAUCAGUCUUGCUCAUAUUGGUAAGAAGAGCCACUCAGGCCCUCCUUCAUGGGUUUCUAGUAGUUGCAAACUACUCGCUCGAGGCCAGCCAGAACGGCCGCUUCGCACACUGUCAUAUCCACAUUUCAUGACCCAGGUUAAGUGGGGCGUUGCUCAGGUCUUGGAAAAGGGAAAUAGCUAUGGGAGCCGUUUGUUGUUCGACGCAGUCUUUCGGGAGAAGGAAAUGAGCCUCAUGCAUCUACUAUCGUAGAGGGUAUGAUGACG